AUGGAGAAAAUAUUUUCUCUAUGUAUACUUUUUGCUAUAGCAUAUAGUUGGGACUUAAAUUAUUUCGGAAUAGAUGAAAAUUAUUAUAUUUCCAGCAUCGCGAUAUACAGGGCGAGAGCCUUUUUAGCGUUGCCUAGAAGUUGCUGUCACAAUAAUAUUAGUAACCCAACGGUGGUAGAAGUGCCUUGGACAGGUAGUUUUAGGCAACCGGCGUCAAGUCAUUUUAGGUUCAAUAUUCUGGAAUAUCAAAAACGGAAAGAAUGCGAUAAGAUACAAGACGCAAUAUCUCUAGAUAUGGAACCAAGAAAACCUAAACUUUGGAUUCUCGAUAAAGGCAAUGAAUUCUGCAACCCUAAAAUUUUGUCUUAUAACGUUAUUUUUAAUACUAUAUCCGAAAUAAGUGAAUUGCAGAAUGUUCCCAGAGAAAAUUUAAACGUUAUUACAAUAGAUCCUCAACAAAGUGAAUUUGGUUCUAGGAUAUACAUAGGAAAUGCAGGUGAUAGUACACUCUUAGUAUUUUCAUCAAACAAUUUAAAAUGGAGGAAAUUGACCUUACGAGACAUGAGUAACCCUGCUAUUUCGAUCAAUGCAGAUUAUUUAGCGAUAUCAAAAACGGAUUCAUUUAUGUAUAUUACUGGAAGAAAAAGUUUGGAAUUAUUUUCAAUAAAUUUACAUGAUGUUAGAAGUUCGGAGGAACCAUCAUCAAACGAAUCGGAGAAAGAAAUUAACGUUUCCUCGACGGUUAAUGUUACUUUAAUCGGACAAAAGCUGGGCAUGUCUACCGGAUUAGAAACUGAUUUUAAAUCAGGAUUAAGUUACUACAUGGUUAGGGACUACGUUGUGGUUAGAUGGAUGAUUGGGUUACCCAUGGAAGCAGAAUAUCAUACAGUCCUGACACAGUCCUACGAAGAACUGCCAUACGUAUCUGAAUUAUUUACGGAUCCCUAUCAUUAUGGACUCUGGGCCUUGGUAAAUCCACUGUCGUCAGAAGACUGCCAGGAAGCAAAUAAUACGAUUGCAGAAAAUAUUCAUAAAUUGAAAAGCAGGGUUGUAAAAGUUUUGAAAUAUAAUAAGCUUUCAGGUGACGUGCUUUAA